UCUGACCGAGGGGCGCGCGGCUGUGUGGAACCAGGCAGCCAGGAGUGGAUAUGGGGGUAGCUUGUUGAGGAUGUGGGAAGAUAGCGUUUUAUUUAGAAAAAGCAAGAAUAGUGAUGAAGCGUAGACAGUUAUAUCGUUAGCACAGAAGUGGUAUGUUAUUGUUAUUGAGGCAUCCUCCAAAAGUAAUUGCAAAGUUACUCGUCGCAAUUGUUUUAUUUUCGGCUGAAGGAUAUCUGAAGUGAGUUUCGCAUGGUGGUGGUGAUGCUAGCGGCGGAAGACCCAUCCUUGGACGGGCAUUUAGCCUCUAUCCCACGGAGAAGAGGCAACGGUGUCAAACCCAGUAAGACUAACAAGAAGCUUGUUCAGGCUCGACUUCCAUUCAAACGUCUGAACCCGGAGCCCAAGGAGAGCAGUGAGCCCAAAAGAACCCGAGCCCCCCUCUGCCCAGACCCAGGGGCGUCCGACGGGGAGAACGAAUUGGACCGCCCCCAGCUUUCUGUGCGUCACGGGCCCGCUCUGGUCAACGGCCGGGGACCUCUGGACGGCUUCAUGAGCCGCGAGAGCCGAGCCUCCCCGGCCAAGUGCUCGAUUGUGGACCUUACUGAGGACAGCUGUGAUUCGGGUCAUCUUCCCGAGCCGCUCCCCACCACUCCUGUCUCUGCCUCCCGCCCCUCCACCCAGGACCACCAACGUAGGAAAGACCCGAGCGCUGGGAAGGUCACCAGAACACCCAAGACAGACCCCUUGAAGUGUGGGAUGUCGAAAAAGGAGGAAGAGGAGGAGGAGGAGGAGGAAGAAAAGAUGGACACGGCAUCUGCCUCACACCUCGACACCACGCAGGGAUCUGACAGCGAGGAGGAGGAGGAUGAGGAAGAGGAAGAGCCGGUAAAGGCUGAGAUGUCCAGCCACGGAAACGAGUCCAUGCUGUCCCCUUCCUCCACCAGCUCCCUGUCUGCUGUGGAGAGCUCCCCUGACCAGGCCAACACAGAGCCCGCUUCACCUGCCACAGAUCUAAAGACCACUCCCAACACGGGGCAGAAAAGUGUCCGAAGACGCUCUCAGAAGAGUUUGCAGGAGCAGGAGGAGAGGGUCCGCCAGCGCGAGCAGAGGGAGCGCGAGCGGGAGGAGGCCAAGGUUGCCAAAGAGAAGAAGAAGGAGGAGGCUCGCAAACAGAGGGAGGAGCGAGAGAAGGAGAAAAGGGAGAGGAAGGAGAGGGAGGAGCGGGAAAAACUUGAGAAAAAGGAGAAGGAGAAAGCGGAGAAAUUAAAGGCUAAGGAAGAGCAACGUAGAUCAAAACAAGAGGCCAAACUUGAAGAAAAGCGUAAGAAGGAAGAAGAGAAGCGAGUGAAAGAGGAGGAGAAACGGUUGAAGGAAGAGAAAGAUCGGAUGAAAGCGGAGAAAUCAGAAAUCACUCGAUUUCUGCAGAAACCCAAGACCCAGCAGGCCCCUAAGACGCUCGCAUCCGCCUGUGGAAAGUUCGCUCCGUUUGAGAUCAAAGAGCACAUGUGCCUGGCUCCCCUGACCCGUGUUCAGCUGGACGAGUCUGGGAUGAAGGAGCUGGAUCUGUGCUUGGAGAAGCCCCAUGGAAACUCCAACAAGCUGCUGAAGGCCUGGACCAGUAAAGAACCUGGCAGGUCAGGUCCAACCAAGCCCAGACAAGCUGACGUGAUGAGGGAGUGCACGGAGUGCACGGCCGAGAGCCCCCGACCAGACGGGGUCCCCGACCGCCAGCGCUACGGCCACAUGAAGCUGCUUCAGUUCCGGGAGAACCACCGUCCGGCCUACUGGGGCACCUGGAGCAGGAAGAGCUCUCACAUCACCCCACGCUGCCCCCUCAGACAGGACAAGGUGCUGCUGGACUACGAGGUGGACAGUGAUGACGAGUGGGAGGAGGAAGAGCCUGGAGAGUCGCUGUCGCACAGCGAGGGGGAUGACGAUGAUGAAGGAGGGGAGAACGACGACGAUGAUGACGAUGGCUUCUUCGUUCCCCACGGUUACCUGUCGGAUGGGGAGGGGGCGCUGGUGGAGGAAGAGGAGGGUGGAGGCGACCUGGAGAAGCAGAAGGUGCGCCAGAGGCUAAAGGCCCGCGAGUGGGACGAGCUCAUGGCCAAGAAGAGGUUGCGGGUGCUGGAGGCGGUGGUGAGGGGCUGCGUGUGGGAGGGGGAGGGACCCCCUCUGGAGCUCUUCCAGCCCUUGGCCGUGUGCCUGCUGGAGCCCCUGCCCCGGGCCGAGGCCAGCACACCGGAGGAUCCCGCCAGGAAGCACCAGCGUGACGAGCAGCUGCUGUCCCAGCUGCUGCCCUUGCUCCACGGCAACAUCAACAGCAGCAAGGUGAUCAUCACCGAGUUCCAGGAGUUCUGCCGCCAGCAGGCGCCCUCUCCCCUGCUGUCCAGCCCUCCCAGCGACGCCGACAUCCCCACCAGGAUCCGUCUGAAGCGCCUGAUCAAGGCCAACGCCGUGUACGAGAAGCGCUCCUCCUACAGGCCCUGCUGGUACGUCCACACCGACGUCCUGGUCCGCUUCCACCAGGAGGCCCUGCCCGUGCCCUGCCAGUGGAGCUACCUGACCUCCGGGGCCCAGACGCCCAGGGAAGAGACGUCGGGGGCGGCCACGGGCUCCCAGGGUAGCUCCCCCACCACCCCGCAGGCCUCCUCCACCACCACCACCACCCCCACCUCCUCCAACAAGAGGAAGAGCGCAGGAUGCGUGUCCAUCACCAAGUUCAUGAAGAAGUGUGCCGACCCUGAGCAGACUGAAGUGAUGGAGACAGACGGCUUUCAGGCGGACACGGAGGACGAUGACGAAGACCCAGACUGUGUCAUCGUCUCCAACAGGCAGAGCGGAUCCUCCAGGGGGGACACACCCGCCCCCUCAGCCGAGGGAGAAGACACCCAGCGGAUGGAAGUGACCCCCUCUGACACGGCUGCUCCCGCCCUGCCCUGCCCUGCCCCCACCCCGGCUACAGCCUGAGUCCUGCUCUCCACACCCGCCCCGAAGCCUGGGUGUGGAGAGGGGAGUCACCAGACAAAAUCACGUCUUUAAUCACGAUAGCACACUGGUGGUAGUGGCUCCCAAGCCUCCCCCACUCAGUAUUACGCCCCAGUUCCCCGUCAGCAGUAGAGACGUCCACCAGAGCCAACAAACUGAAGGGCGAGGUUUAUUUUUUGACGAUGGUGAUUCACGAUCCAGGCUUGGUUGGUUGUGUUGGCUGGACAGACGUGCUGGUGUGGAUCUCUGGGACGUGUGGAGGAUUGGGAGGGGCUCUCUCCCCCUGCUGUCUCAUCAGACUGGGCUUCACGUCGGGGGAGAGGUGGGUGUCUCCUGGACGGCAGCCCCAGUCUCAUCCUUUUAUACGUGCGGAUUUGCUGUUGUUUUUUUUUUUUUCUCCCUCUCUCUCACCUUCUAAAUUACUUGAACUGGUUGAAUUCCUUAACUAAAUAAUGAUAUUAUUAAAUGUAUGCACUUUUAUAUGCCUUUCAUUGUUCCCCCCCCGGAUGUCCUUACCAACAUGUCACCCAGAGUCUUCUCAUCGAGAAAUCUUCUCCUACUGGGGUUGACAACCUGGCUCUUUCAGGCUGCUAUACACACAGCCCACUGUACUGUCCCAGGCUGCCAUUUUGUCUUUUUUUUUUAAAUAAUGGUUGUUGAGUGUUCUUUGCCAUUUGCUUUUCGGUUUCAGCGGCAUUCAGAGACAUUUUGAAUGCUUUCCUGUUUCUGCCGUUUGCAGAUACGGUCAAGGUAUCUCUUAGUUUGUAUUUGAAUAAAGCAUUAUUUAAAAAACAAUUUUGACAUGAGCAGCAUUUUGCAGGUUGGUACUGGACUGAACAAAAUAAAGAUUUGGGGAUUUAAGAAGCUUGUGUGUCUUGUGAAAGAAGUCGUCUUUCAUAUGAGCUCGUUUCUGUAAUGAAGUUGUUCAGUG